AACAGCUCUAUUCAGUAAUGAAUUACAUCUCCUUCCUAUUAGUCAUCUUCCUCCUUCCAUUUAGCUUCUCCUCUCGUCUUCCUCCUCCUCACAAACAACCUUUCACAAAAAUCUAUGCCUUCGGCGACUCCUUCACUGAUACUGGCAACACUCACUCGACAACAGGCCCUUAUGCCUUUGGCUCUGUCUCCAACCCUCCAUAUGGCACCACCUUCUUCCACCACCCAACUAAUCGAUACUCCGAUGGCCGCCUGGUCAUCGACUUCCUCGCCACCACUCUAUCUCUCCCUUUCCUUCCUCCCUACCUAAACCAAAGCUCUCAGUCAUCUUCCCAUGGAGUUAACUUUGCUGUAGCAGGCUCAACUGCACUUGACCAUGAGGUUUUUGUGCAGCAUAACAUCACAUUAGACAUCACGCCGCAGUCGCUGGGGACUGAGCUCAAAUGGUUUAACGAUUACUUGGAGAAGAAAGGUUGUCGAAAAGUCGGAUCGGCAGAGUGCAGAUUGGCCUUGCAAGGAGCACUCUUCUGGGUCGGUGAAAUCGGAGUCAAUGACUAUGCAUACAGUUUUGGUUCUUCUCUGUCACCGCAGUUUAUACAGCAGCAAGCUGUUGGGAAUGUCAUCAGUUUGCUGCAGGAGAUAAUAAAAAGAGGAGCCAAACAUGUAGUAGUUCAAGGAUUGCCUUUAGUUGGUUGCCUCCCACUGUCAUUAUUUCUGAGCUCUCCAGAAGAUAGGGAUAGUUUUGGGUGCUCUGCAAGCAUCAACAAGCUUGGUUCUGCCCACAACUCUCUUCUACAAAACAAGUUACAGGAGCUCAGGACCCGUUAUCCGAAAGCCAUUAUCUUGUACGCCGACUACCUAAGAGCUCACGGCACCAUCAUGAAGAGCCCGAAAGCAAACGGCUUCGUCGAGCUUUUCAAAGCUUGCUGUGGUGCAGGGGGAGGACAAUAUAACUUUGACAUUUUUAAUACUUGUGGAUCUGCAGAAGCCUCUAGAGCUUGUUCAGAUCCUUCUAAGUAUGUCAACUGGGAUGGUGUUCACCUCACUGAAGCAACGUACAGGAAAGUUGCAGACAUGUUCUUCCAUGGCGGAUACUGUCAACCUUCAUUUGAUACAUUUAUAAGGAACAAGGAGGAGUAAGAGCUGUUGAACUAUUUCAUGUAGUACGUAAUGAGUAAGGAUUCAAGAGCUGAGAAGGUGAAAAUAACUAGUUAAUAGCUGUUUCGUGAUCUUUUCAUCUAUGUAGAGAUUGAUGAGAGGUGCUCUCAAUUAAUAGUGGUUGGUGUUUGGUACUUCAUAAGUGAUUGUUACGAAGAUUCCAAAGCAAUAAUCAUCAAUCAUAAAAUUGUAGGGAAUUAGUCAACGGUCUUUUUGUGAAACUUUAAUAAUGAAGCUUCUUUAUUAUAAAAUUUUGAGGAAAUUUAAGAUC